AUGGAGGAUACGAUAAAGAAAGCCAAGAUUCCUGAAGGUGAGAGUAAGUUCAUGAAAUUGGAAGGUCGCGCGCCGAUAGCUUCGGAUAUGGUCGUCAUCGAGACCGAAGAGCCAACCAAUUUCCACUCGCUUCCGCGAAUUCCCGAGUGGAAUGAAGAAACGAUCCCGCGCCCGGAGAAUCCGGUGCAAGAAAGCGACGACGGAGGAUUUCAACACGAGGACGGUGAAUACGUGCACGUGCACGAAAAUUUAAGCCAUGAGGACGGCAGUGCGAGCAACGGUGAUCUCUCGAGCUCUUCUUUACGAAUGAAGCAGGCAUUCAAGGCGUCCCUCAAGUUAGAUUCAAGCGACGGCGUAUUUAAAUUCGACAGAUUGCAAAUAGAACAACUUCGAGUGGAUUCAACUGGACGCUUGACGAAGCUGACAAUUGAGAAGCACAAAAUUUCGCACAUGCUUCGGGUUCCUAUUCGAGAUUUAAGAGUACUCGAACCGGCGAUGAGCUCGUCCUACUCGACAUCCAUUUGGUGUCGUGAAAGAUCCAUCGUCGUCAACUUGGAGCAGAUUAAAAUCUUAAUCACGGCCGAGGAAGUCAUCUGCCCAGAUUCGAGGAAUUCCGCCGUGGUCGAGCGAUACAUUCCCGAGUUACAGCGUCGAUUACAAAGGCGGAUCAAAAUGAAAGAGUCUUCUCAAAAAGAAGACAAGGUGAAGAAGAAUAUGCCGGAAACGUUUUCCAGUUUCGCUCUGAACGAAGCCGCAGAGAAGAGUAAUAAAGAGAAAGAACAUCACGAACGCAAGCCUUCGAAUAGCGGAGGUUACACGUCUUUUGACGAAGAAGAGAUGAAAGGUCACGAAGGUGGCCACCAUCGCACGUCGUUCGAUACCUUUGGCGGACCCACGCCGGAAGGCUCGGAGUUUUCCUCCGAAGGUGGUUCGGACGAGACGUUGCCGUUUGAAUUGAUUGCGCUCGAAAUCGCUUUAGAGAUGGUAUGUAACGCGCUCGAAGUCGAAUCCGAUAAAGUCGAACGCGAAGGUAAACCGCAAUUGGAAAAGUUGAGACAAGACGUUAACCAGACCAACCUCGAAAAAGUUCGUCGCGUGAAGAAUAGAUUGGUUCGGAUCAAUGCGCGAGUCUCGAAAGUUCGAGAGGAAAUUCAGCGCUACUUGGAUGAUGAUUCCGAUAUGAGAGAUUUCGGACAGGUUCAAAUCAUCGGCCCAAACGGCGAGGUUUGGGACGAAGAUAAAGAUUUACAAGAAGUAGAGGAUUUGUUCGAAACGUAUUUCACUCAUAUCGAUUCGACGUUUAGAAAUUUAGAACAAUUGAACGAGUAUAUCGACGAUAUGGAAGAUUUGAUUGAGAUUGAACUGGAUAGUAAGCGGAACCAGCUUAUUAAGUUAGAGUUAUUGUUAACGACGGGAACGUUAUGCUUGUCCGGUUUCGGCGUCGUCGUGGGUGUGUUCGGGAUGAACAUUAGAAAUGGAUUGGAAGGUAGUCAGUCGUCGUUCGAGUUAGUCAUUGUCUUCUCCGUCAUCGGUAGCGUACUAACAUUCGCUGCUAUAGUCCAAGCGUGUCGGUACUUUAGAUUAUUUUAG